UCCCCGCGCCGAUGACUUUCCCGCCUGGCGCCACGCGAAGGGAUCCGUCGCCAGUCCCAGCUGAAGGUUCCCGACCCUGGACCGCAACACGCAGUGAGCUCCCGCCUUCAGGUGAGCUCCAUCCCCCCAUGGGCCUCCUUCAGCGUCCCUCCCGCCCCUGAGAAAAAACACCCGAAACCACUAAUCCUCAGGGCCCCAAAUCCAAGACCUCGAGACCUCCACCACCAGAAGUUCCAGAAGGUCUUCGUGUAAGGGAGUGGUUGUUUAGCGGUAUUCCCCACCAAGAAGAAGUAACUCUAACAAUAACAAUUCCGGUUGGGGGAAUAAAUUUCAGUGGACAAGUUCUGGGGCUGGAGUGAACGCUGUUUUAAAAAAAGACCAAGAAAUAGAAAAAAAACACAAAGAGAAUAAAAGGGGGGAAGUCACAGUGUAGAAAAGUGUCUUAGAAAAGUGGCCACAAGAAGCUGAGAGAUAAAGUCAAAUUAAAGGAUUAGAAAAAAAAAGGUACUAUUAAUGGCAGGCAAACAUCAGUGAGGUAGUGAGCACCGGGGGAAGGGCGACCUCCUGCAAGUGUUUGAUAAUAGUGUUUGAAUCAGUGGUUGUGUGAGACCAAGAGCCACCAAGAUGCCUGGUCUGGACGCUCUCAUCGCCCUCAAGGACCGCGCGAAGCAGGUCAGGGAACGCUUCAACAUCAGCAAAAUCACCUCAGAGAUCCCCCGUGACAGCCGUCUCGAGUAUGAGGAGUUUGAGCUGGAAGCCUCCAAGGUCAACAACUCCAAGAAUGUCGGGGAAGAUGGCAUGUACGAGGAGCCUGAGAGAGAGAACCCGCCACCGCUCAGGAAGAUUGACCAAUACCUGCCACCUAACUGUCCCUGCUGCAACAUAACCAAACGCUUCACCAUGGCAGUCCUCGCCAGUGUAGGGUUCCUUAUCUCCUUCGGUAUCCGGUGCAACAUGGGCGUGGCUGUGAUGGGGAUGACCUCCAAGGUUCCCGCCACUGGGAGGAAGGAUAUCGAUUGGAGUGACGACAUCGUAGGAGUGGUGGAUUCUUCCUUCUUCUGGGGAUACCUGGUUACUCAAGUCCCCGGCGGUCUCCUUGCUUCCCGCUUCCCGGCUCACAGAGUGUUCGGGUCAGCCAUCACCACCACGGCGAUAUUGAAUAUGCUGUUGCCAGGGGCAUCCAGGCUGCACCCAGUAGCUGCCAUCUGCGUCAGAGUACUGCAAGGCCUGGUGGAGGGUGUGACGUACCCUGCGUGUCACGGCAUCUGGAGGAACUGGGCACCGCCGCUGGAGAGGUCGAGGCUCGCUACCUUGGCCUUAUGUGGUAGCUACGCGGGCGCCGUCGUGGGUAUGCCUGUCUCUGCCUGGCUCACGGAGGGAAUAGGUUGGCCCGCACCCUUCUACUUCUUCGGUAUGGUUGGUGUCACGUGGGGGUUCUUCUGGUACUGGUUGGCGUUUGAGAAGCCAGCGACCCAUCCCACCAUCAGCGCCAGAGAGCAGCAGUACAUUGAGGAGAGUCUCGGUAAACAGCGGUUUAAGCAGCCCACAUUCUCCACGACACCCUGGAGAGCGUUCGCCACCUCGAUGCCAGUGUGGGCGAUCGUCGUGGCCAACAUCGCCCGUUCGUGGACCUUCUACCUCCUCAUCAUCUCACAACCUCAGUACUUCAAGGAGGUCUUCGAAUACGAUAUAGCCAAGAGCGGGACCAUCUCGGCCUUGCCUCACCUGGUCAUGGCCAUCAUAGUGCCGUUCGGGGGUCAACUUGCCGACUACUUCCGUAAGAACAAAAUCAUGUCAACGACGACUGUGAGGAAGCUGUUCAACUGUGGCGGCUUCGGGAUGGAGGCGAUAUUCCUGAUGGUGACCGCCUUCAGUAGAGACACCAGGGUCGCCAUUACCUCCCUCACCAUCGCUGUUGGCUUCUCCGGCUUUGCUAUAUCAGGAUUUAAUGUUAAUCACUUGGACAUCGCCCCACGUUAUGCAUCUAUCCUGAUGGGCAUUAGCAACGGCUUUGGUACUCUGAGUGGCAUGAUCUGUCCUAUCGUUGUCGAGGAGUUCACGAAGAAUAACACAGCGGAGGAGUGGCAAGUGGUGUUCCUGGUAGCGUCUGUUAUACACUUCCUCGGCAUCAUCUUCUACGGGAUAUUUGCUUCGGGGGAGCUGCAACCCUGGGCGGAACCACCCCCUGCAGACGAGUCCGAAGACGACCAAUCUGUGAAGGAGACAACGCCAGCCGUGGGUGGUCCUGGUCAAGCUAACGGUAAGCUGGCCACGUAUGGUACUAUGGUCGGGGAGGCGGGGGUGGACGGCCAGACCUUCACGCAGGAGGGGUACACGCAGCAGCAGCAGCCGUCGACUCAACAGCCUUACACCCACCAACAACCACAGCUCGACUACGCACAACAACAACCACAACAGGAGGCGACUGUUAACUACACGACGCAGAACCCACAUAACCCCUUCGUCGCCGCCGUCCCCCCUACCAGCAACCCCUUCAGCGGGGGGUUCACCCAGGAAGCGGUGCAGCCCCCUCACGGCCAGUACACCCAGGGCCAGUACUAGCGAGGUCAACACACCCAACACGCUAUACAAAUCAGGGGUCAUUAUCAUAUCAAGGGCGAAAGCUACAGCCUUCAAGGACAUUGUUUUGGUUUGCUGGAGGUGUCCAGAUGGUCGCCAGGUACACUGCUUACCUGUGUUAGGUCAUCCGCCACCACCAGAAGAGCAUGAGAAUACCGUGCUAGGAUACUGCUAGGAUUAUGACUAGUUGUUCUAGUUCCUUCAUCGCCUCUAGAGGGUCUAGCAGCUAACAAGAACAUGUGUGUGUGUGUGCGAUUAUUAACUUCAAGAUUGUUGAGGUAUUCCUAGGUCAUAAUGUGUUCUAGGUCUCUCUCUCUCUCUCUCUCUCUCUCUCUCUCUCUCUCUCUCUCUCUCAU